AUGCGCUUGCGGUAUUUAGCUACGAUUGUGGAACAACAGGAUGGAACAGCCAAAAUAUCAGCAAUGGAUUGGUCACCGAAUGGCAAAAAAUUAGCAGUCGCUAAUGCUGAUCAGGUUAUACUGUUAUUUGAUGAAACCGGAAAACGGCGUGAUAAAUUUGCUACCAAACCGAUCGAUGCUAAGUAUGGAAAGAAGAGCUAUCAGGUGAAAGCAUUAGUUUUCUCACCCGAUUCUACUCGUAUUGCUAUUGGUCAGACUGAUAACAUUACUUACGUUUAUCGAAUUGGUAAAACGUGGGAUGAGAAGAAAGUUAUAUGUAAUAAAUUUGUUCAAUCAUCAGCAGUGAUAGCAUUAAUAUGGCCAAGUGAGGAUCGUUUGAUAAUUGGCUUAAUUGAUGGCAAAGUAAGAGUUGCAUCAUGUCGCAGCAAUAAAUGUUCCACCUUGUAUAAAACCGAUGUAUCUGUCAUCUCUCUUGCAGUUCCGCCUGAUGGUCAUUCAUUCAUUUCUGGCCACAGUGAUGGUUCCAUCAUUUCAUAUUCGUUAGAUCGAAAAAUGCAAAGAAAAAUUCUGACACACAGCUGCCCUCCGUACGCAUUAGUGUAUACAAAUAAUGGUAUUGUAAUUGGUGGAUGUGAUCAGCGUGUGGUGUCAUAUACAGAAAAUGGCGAAUUACUACAACAAUUUGAUUAUCGUAAUGGAUCAGAUCACGAGAAGGAAUUUACUGUUGCUGUUCGUGAUUCAUUCGGACAAAGUAUUGUUUUCGGAAGCUUUGACAGAGUACGACUUUAUUCAUGGAAUUCUCGACGAGGUGCUUUGGAUGAAGGUAAAUCAUUAGAGAUUCGUCACUUAUACACAAUUAGUGCGUUAACAUGGAGUCCAGAUAGUUCAACUAUUGCUUUGAUAUCAUUGCAGGGUACAUUAUGCGGUGCAGUGCUAAUUGUUGAUUGCUGUCUAAAACACUCCAUGUUGAAGGGACGCUUUCAGACGAAAUAUGUUUCGCCUUCACAGGUUCUUAUCAAAGAUACAAAUGGUGAACAGUGUGUAACAAUUCAUUCUUCCAAAGCAUUGCCUAUUAAUCAAAUUAAAGUAACUUCUCCUCAUUUUUUUAAAUGA